AUGCAUCAUCGCCGCUAUAUCCUCAGCGCCGUCGCUGCGCUCUCCAGCAAUAUUCCCUCGGCAGCAUGCCAUCCCCUGCAGGGAACCAAACUUGGGUCCUGGCAGGACCUCGGCCCCAUCGCACUGCAGCCACGACAGGAGCACACAACGGUGGCGCUCAACGAGACCACCUUUGCCAUAGUCGGUGGAAUCAUCCCCGCAGAGGGCAGUGACGGCGGCAACACCCCGGACAGCUGGGCAACCACAGACAUGUUCCAGCUCUACGACACCGCCACCGGGGAGUGGUCGCUGGGCCCAACGCUGCCCUUUGCCGUCAACCACGCCAACACCAUCGUCGUCGACGGCAAGGUGUACCUGCUGGGCGGGCUCGCCCCUGACGAGGUCGGAAACUGGGUCAAGACGGGCCAGAGCUACGUCCUGGACGGUAUCGACGACGGCUGGAAGGUCCUCCAGCCCAUUCCCGACGAAGUCUCCCGCGGCAGCGCGUCGGUUGGCGCGGCGGGCGAUCUCAUCUUCCUGGCCGGCGGCAUGACGCAGCUCAUCCCGCAGGACACGAUCGCGUCGGUUAUCGCCUACAACGUUACUGCGAACGAGUGGAUCACGGACCUGCCCGACCUUCCCGAGCCGCGGGACCACGCCGGCUCAGCCGUCAUCGACGGGACGCUGUAUAUCGUGGGCGGACGGGCGUUUGGGCAAAACAACACCAAGGACACCGUGUUUGCGCUGAAUCUCGACGACGCGCAGGCCGGGUGGAAGACCAAGGAGGCUCGGAUGCCGACUCCGAGGGGAGGUGUUGCGGCCGCAGCGAUCGGGAACAAGAUCUACACCUUUGGUGGCGAGGGGAACCAGGCCGAGGGCUCAAGUGGUGUCUUUUCCGAGACGGAGGCUUACGAUGUCGUAUCAGAUAGCUGGGAGAGGCUGCAGAAGAUGGAGGUGCCCAGACAUGGAAGCUGGGCUGUCGCUAUCGGAGAGGGCGUCUACCUCCCCGGCGGCGGGGUGCGUCAGGGGGGUGCUGCCGUUGAUCGGUUUGAUGUGUUUUGGCUGCCUGCACCAAGCAAGUAG